CAAGAGAACGCCAAAGCAAAAGAAACCAAAGCUGAAAACCAAGUGUAAGAUACUCCGUAGGGUGAGAAAAGUAUUAAAGAAAAUUGUCAGCAAAAUCAGACGUGUCACUCGUCGUCCAAACAAGCGACCAAGGAGAAAUAAGAAAAAACCCAAGAGAGUUUCAAGACCAAAGAAAGUGAAGAAGGCUAAAAAGAAAGUGGCGAAAAUCUUGAAGAAAAUGAUUAAGAAAUAUAUUCGCAGAAAGAAAACGCUGAUCAAGGUUCUAAGAAAAGUAAAGAAAGGAAAGAGGAAACCACUUCGGAGAAGGAUCAUAGUAUGCACCAAAAUCAUCAAGCAAGUCAAAGUCAUUCGGCGAGUUGUAAUCAAGAAAACUAGUGUGCAUCGCAUCCGAAAAUGUGUCAAGAAAAUCGUACGCAAGGCACGUAAGCAGUACAAGAAGCUAAAGAGGAAAGUCAAGAGAACGCCAAAGCAACAGAAACCAAAGCUGAAAACCAAGUGUAAGAUACUCCGUAGGGUGAGAAAAGUAUUAAAGAAAAUUGUCAGCAAUAUCAGACGUGUCACUCGUCGUCCAAACAAGCGACCAAGGAGAAAUAAGAAAAAACCCAAGAGAGUUUCAAGACCAAAGAAAGUGAAGAAGGCUAAAAAGAAAGUGGCGAAAAUCUUGAAGAAAAUGAUUAAGAAAUAUAUUCGCAGAAAGAAAACGCUGAUCAAGGUUCUAAGAAAAAUAAAAAAAGGAAAGAGGAAACCACUUCGGAGAAGGAUCAAAGUAUGCACCAAAAUCAUCAAGCAAGUCAAAGUCAUUCGGCGAGUUGUAAUCAAGAAAACUAGUGUGCAUCGCAUCCGAAAAUGUGUCAAGAAAAUCGUACGCAAGGCACGUAAGCAGUACAAGAAGCUAAAGAGGAAAGUCAAGAGAACGCCAAAGCAAAAGAAACCAAAGCUGAAAACCAAGUGUAAGAUACUCCGUAGGGUGAGAAAAGUAUUAAAGAAAAUUGUCAGCAAAAUCAGACGUGACACUCGUCGUCCAAACAAGCGACCAAGGAGAAAUAAGAAAAAACCCAAGAGAGUUUCAAGACCAAAGAAAGUGAAGAAGGCUAAAAAGAAAGUGGCGAAAAUCUUGAAGAAAAUGAUUAAGAAAUAUAUUCGCAGAAAGAAAACGCUGAUCAAGGUUCUAAGAAAAGUAAAGAAAGGAAAGAGGAAACCACUUCGGAGAAGGAUCAAAGUAUGCACCAAAAUCAUCAAGCAAGUGAAAGUCAUUCGGCGAGUUGUAAUCAAGAAAACUAGUGUGCAUCGCAUCCGAAAAUGUGUCAAGAAAAUCGUACGCAAGGCACGUAAGCAGUACAAGAAGCUAAAGAGGAAAGUCAAGAGAACGCCAAAGAAAAAGAAACCAAAGCUGAAAACCAAGUGUAGGAUAUUCCGUAGGGUGAGAAAAGUAGUAAAGAAAAUUGUCAGCAAAAUCAGACGUGUCACUCGUCGUCCAAACAAGCGACCAAGGAGAAAUAAGAAAAAACCCAAGAGAGUUUCAAGACCAAAGAAAGUGAAGAAGGCUAAAAAGAAAGUGGCGAAAAUCUUGAAGAAAAUGAUUAAGAAAUAUAUUCGCAGAAAGAAAACGCUGAUCAAGGUUCUAAGAAAAGUAAAGAAAGGAAAGAGGAAACCACUUCGGAGAAGGAUCAAAGUAUGCACCAAAAUCAUCAAGCAAGUGAAAGUCAUUCGGCGAGUUGUAAUCAAGAAAACUAGUGUGCAUCGCAUCCGAAAAUGUGUCAAGAAAAUCGUACGCAAGGCACGUAAGCAGUACAAGAAGCUAAAGAGGAAAGUCAAGAGAACGCCAAAGAAAAAGAAACCAAAGCUGAAAACCAAGUGUAGGAUAUUCCGCAGGGUGAGAAAAGUAUUAAAGGAAAUUGUCAGCAAAAUCAGACGUGUCACUCGUCGUCCAAACAAGCGACCAAGGAGAAAUAAGAAAAAACCCAAGAGAGUUUCAAGACCAAAGAAAGUGAAGAAGGCUAAAAAGAAAGUGGCGAAAAUCUUGAAGAAAAUGAUUAAGAAAUAUAUUCGCAGAAAGAAAACGCUGAUCAAGGUUCUAAGAAAAGUAAAAAAAGGAAAGAGGAAACCACUUCGGAGAAGGAUCAAAGUAUGCACAAAAAUCAUCAAGCAAGUCAAAGUCAUUCGGCGAGUUGUAAUGAAGAAAACUAGUGUGCAUCGCAUCCGAAAAUGUGUCAAGAAAGUCGUACGCAAGGCACGUAAGCAGUACAAGAAGCUAAAGAGGAAAGUCAAGAGAACGCCAAAGCAAAAGAAACCAAAGCUGAAAACCAAGUGUAAGAUACUCCGUAGGGUGAGAAAAGUAUUAAAGAAAAUUGUCAGCAAAAUCAGACGUGUCACUCGUCGUCCAAACAAGCGACCAAGGAGAAAUAAGAAAAAACCCAAGAGAGUUUCAAGACCAAAGAAAGUGAAGAAGGUUAAACGAAAAGUGGUAAAUUGCCUGAAGAGAAUUAUUAAGAAGUAUGUUCAGAGAAAGAAAAAAUUGAUCAAGACUCUAAAAAAGGCCAAAAAAACGCAGAGGAAAAUUCUACGUAAAAAGAUCAAAAUAUUCACCACUGUCAUCUGGCAAGUUGUCAUUAUAGAGCAUACAAUAAUCAAGAGUACUAGAGUGCAUAGAAUUAUGAACUAUACACAACACAUUGUAAGGAAGACAUCAAGGAAGUACAAGAGGCUAAAGAGGAAAAUCAAGAAACUGCCGGAGAGAAAGAGGCCAAAGCUGAAAACCAAGUGUACGAUAAUCCGUAGGGUGAGAAAAGUAGUAAAGAAAAUUGUCAGCAAAAUCAGACGUGUCACUCGUCGUCCAAACAAGCGACCAAGGAGAAAUAAGAAAAAACCCAAGAGAGUUUCAAGACCAAAGAAAGUGAAGAAGGCUAAAAAGAAAGUGGCGAAAAUCUUGAAGAAAAUGAUUAAGAAAUAUAUUCGCAGAAAGAAAACGCUGAUCAAGGUUCUAAGAAAAGUAAAGAAAGGAAAGAGAAAACCACUUCGGCGAAGGAUCAAAGUAUGCACCAAAAUCAUCAAGCAAGUCAAAGUCAUUCGGCAAGUUGUAAUCAAGAAAACUAGUGUGCAUCGCAUCCGAAAAUGUGUCAAGAAAAUCGUACGCAAGGCACGUAAGCAGUACAAGAAGCUAAAGAGGAAAGUCAAGAGAACGCCAAAGCAAAAGAAACCAAAGCUGAAAACCAAGUGUAAGAUACUCCGUAGGGUGAGAAAAGUAUUAAAGAAAAUUGUCAGCAAUAUCAGACGUGUCACUCGUCGUCCAAACAAGCGACCAAGGAGAAACAAGAAAAAACCCAAGAGAGUUUCAAGACCAAAGAAAGUGAAGAAGGCUAAAAAGAAAGUGGCGAAAAUCUUGAAGAAAAUGAUUAAGAAAUAUAUUCGCAGAAAGAAAACGCUGAUCAAGGUUCUAAGAAAAGUAAAAAAAGGAAAGAGGAAACCACUUCGGAGAAGGAUCAAAGUAUGCACCAAAAUCAUCAAGCAAGUCAAAGUCAUUCGGCGAGUUGUAAUCAAGAAAACUAGUGUGCAUCGCAUCCGAAAAUGUGUCAAGAAAAUCGUACGCAAGGCACGUAAGCAGUACAAGAAGCUAAAGAGGAAAGUCAAGAGAACGCCAAAGCAAAAGAAACCAAAGCUGAAAACCAAGUGUAAGAUACUCCGUAGGGUGAGAAAAGUAUUAAAGAAAAUUGUCAGCAAAAUCAGACGUGUCACUCGUCGUCCAAACAAGCGACCAAGGAGAAAUAAGAAAAAACCCAAGAGAGUUUCAAGACCAAAGAAAGUGAAGAAGGCUAAAAAGAAAGUGGCGAAAAUCUUGAAGAAAAUGAUUAAGAAAUAUAUUCGCAGAAAGAAAACGCUGAUCAAGGUUCUAAGAAAAAUAAAAAAAGGAAAGAGGAAACCACUUCGGAGAAGGAUCAUAGUAUGCACCAAAAUCAUCAAGCAAGUCAAAGUCAUUCGGCGAGUUGUAAUCAAGAAAACUAGUGUGCAUCGCAUCCGAAAAUGUGUCAAGAAAAUCGUACGCAAGGCACGUAAGCAGUACAAGAAGCUAAAGAGGAAAGUCAAGAGAACGCCAAAGCAAAAGAAACCAAAGCUGAAAACCAAGUGUAAGAUACUCCGUAGGGUGAGAAAAGUAUUAAAGAAAAUUGUCAGCAAAAUCAGACGUGUCACUCGUCGUCCAAACAAGCGACCAAGGAGAAAUAAGAAAAAACCCAAGAGAGUUUCAAGACCAAAGAAAGUGAAGAAGGCUAAAAAGAAAGUGGCGAAAAUCUUGAAGAAAAUGAUUAAGAAAUAUAUUCGCAGAAAGAAAACGCUGAUCAAGGUUCUAAGAAAAGUAAUGAAAGGAAAGAGGAAACCACUUCGGAGAAGGAUCAUAGUAUGCACCAAAAUCAUCAAGCAGGUCAAAGUCAUUCGGCGAGUUGUAAUCAAGAAAACUAGUGCGCAUCGCAUCCGAAAAUGUGUCAAGAAAAUCGUACGCAAGGCAUGUAAGCAGUACAAGAAGCUAAAGAGGAAAGUCAAGAGAACGCCAAAGCAAAAGAAACCAAAGCUGAAAACCAAGUGUAAGAUACUCCGUAGGGUGAGAAAAGUAUUAAAGAAAAUUGUCAGCAAAAUCAGACGUGUCACUCGUCGUCCAAACAAGCGACCAAGGAGAAAUAAGAAAAAACCCAAGAGAGUUUCGAGACCAGAAAAAUUGAAGAAGCUUAAACGAAAAGUUAUAAAUUUCCUGAAGAGAAUUAUUAGGAAGUAUGUUGAGGGAAAGAAAAAAUUGAUCAUGACUCUAAGAAAGGCAAAAAAAUCGCAGAGGAAAAUUCUACGUAAAAAGAUCCAAAUAUUUACCACUGUCAUCUGGCAAAUUGUCAUUAUAGAGCAUACAAUAAUCAAGAGUACUAGAGUGCAUAGAAUUAUGAACUAUACACAACACAUUGUAAGGAAGACAUCAAGGAAGUACAAGAGGCUAAAGAGGAAAAUCAAGAAACUGCCAGUGGGAAAGAGGCCAAAGCUGAAAACCAAGUGUAGGAUAAUCCGUAGGAUGAGAAAAGUAGUAAAGAAAAUUGUCAGCAAAAUCAGACGUGUCACUCGUCGUCCAAACAAGCGACCAAGGAGAAAUAAGAAAAAACCCAAGAUAGUUUUAAGGCCAAAGAAAGUGAAGAAGACAAAAAGGAAAGUGGUGAAAAUCUUGAAGGAUAUUAUUAAGAAAUAUAUUCGCAGAAAAUUAGUAAAGAAAAUUGUCAGCAAAAUCAGACGUGUCACUCGUCGUCCAAACAAGCGACCAAGGAGAAACAAGAAAAAACCCAAAAGAGGUUCAAGACCAAAGAAAGUGAAGAAGGCUAAAAGGAAAGUGGUGAAAAUCUUGAAGAAUAUUAUUAAGAAAUAUAUUCGCAGAAAGCGAAAGCUGGUCAAGAUUCUAAAAAAGGCAACGAAACCAAAGAGGAAACCACUUCGGAGUAGGAUCAAAGUAUGCUCCAAAAUCAUCAAGCAAGUCAAAGUCAUUCGGCGAGUUGUAAUAAAGAAAACUAGUCUACGUGGCAUCAGAAAAUAUGUCACGAUUACUGUACGUAAGAUACACAAAAUUAAACAGGAAUUAAAGAUGCAACUUAGAAAGAACCCGAAGAAGAAGAAUCCUGUGACAAUGCGCAGGUAUAAGAGGUAUUGUAAGGUGAACAAAAUAAUCAAAACUAUUUACCACAGCGUCAUCCAUAUUUAUAGGAAGAGAAACAAGCCAAGAAGAAAACAGAAAAAAGGGAAAAAGACAAAAGUGUGGAAAUCAAAAGUGACUAGACCAAAGCCAAAAUCGAAUACAUUGAAACUGGUUGAGCGUGGUGUUAUAAGAUUUUGCAAGAAAUUCCUAAAACGGUACCAAAAGAAGAUAACUUUGCUGAACAAGAGACGAAGAAGAAUACCAAAAAGAAAGAAAAGGAGAUUACAGGUGAUAAGAAGAAAACUCAAGACGAUUUCAUAUAUUAGAAAACAGGUUAAAUAUGUUUCAGCAACACUUGUAAAGAUCAGUUCUGUUCACAGUAUGAGGAUGGUUGUGAAGAAAACUAUUAAAAGGACAAUUGAAAAUACUCGGAACUUGAAAAAGAAGCUUAGGAAAACCACUAAAAAGAAUAAACCAAAGCUGAAAAGGCGCAUUAGCAGGCUGACUCGUGUGAGCAGAGUUCUUGGUAUGAUCCUUCGCCGAAUUACAACCAUUUACCAACGAGUGAAGACAAGAAAGAGAAAAGGAAGCAAGCCUAAACUUUCUGCUAUCAAGAGAAAGAUUAUUGUGGUUAUUCGGAAGAAUGUUCGAGUAAUUGUCAGGGGUCUAAAGAAGAUUCAGACAUUGAUAAAGAAAUCUCCAGCUCAAAAGUUGAAUAACCUUCGGCAGAAAUCUUUAUAUCAGCUGGAAUUGAGAAGAUUGAAAUGGAUUCGAAGAGUCAUAUUAAAAAGGAAGACUAUUUAUUCUAUGAGGCAAUUUGUGAAGCGGCUUCUCAGUAAAUGUAGGCGAAGAAUCAAAAAGAUCAGAAGCCGAAUCCAGAAAGUUCCAAAGAAGAAACGUCCGUACUAUGUUGCAAGGCUUUUUUCAUACCAGAGGCGGAAAACAAGAAUCUUGAAAAUCAAAUACAUUCUUGAUGAUGUACGAUCUCGACCUGUCUCUGCAUACGAAAAAGUGCUCAUUCGGACAGUCACUGGUCAGUACCUAAAGGAAGUCCGAGUUGACUCUGGAAAACAAGUAAGAAAACUCCAGAAAAAGGUUAAUGAGGAAAAAGGGAAAAAUUUAAAUGAGAUCGAAAGGUUUACCUUUGAGAUUCAGUUCUAUAUGGAUGUUAUUCACUAUGUCGAUUAUCUAAAGUUGAUUAUUGACUCGUGUAAAUCCUUCGGGAAAGUCCAGAACGACCUUCAGAGACAGGUUCAAAUAAUUAACAAGGAAAUAUCGACAUUAAUGAAAACAAUGGACAGGAAAUUUGUCAUAAAUCGAUCUAAGUUGAUUAAUAAGCUGGCGCUUUUGCGCCGUGAAAAGAUUUUGGUAGUAACUCUUGUAAAGAAAUUGAAGAUAGCCGAAUCAACACGUCGUAACAGUAAACGCAACGUACUAUCUCUCAGAGACACUCUACUGCGAUUCAUCAAGCGGCUUCAUAAGAGGGAGAUACUGAUAUUGCAUCGCGUUAAGAAAGCCUUGAAACGCGUCAAGGCAGUCAAGAAGGUGAAAAAUAUGAGACGGAGGGUACGGUAUUACAGGUACGGAGUCCGAUUCGUCCGUAAGAUCAAGAUGAUACUGGUAAAAACACGAUCUGUCAGACGUUUUGACAACAAGUUGAGACGAAAGGCCAGAAGGCUGAUUCGAAAGGCCCGUGUCCAGAGAAGGAGGAAGAGACGUAGCCGAUACGCCAUCACCAGGCACAGGAUGAGGCUGGUAAGGCGCAUCCGCCGGAAAAUUCGUGUUGAUCUGAUUAUCAGAAGGAUCUUGCGGCAGCUUCGGAGGUUCAAGCGCACCACUGCUAAACAGACAUAUGUCAAUAGGCGAAGCAAAACUAGGUCAUUCCGACCAAACUCUAAGAUUUCACGGACCCUGAAGAAGUUAGUUCGACGGAAGAAGAGAAUCGCGCGUAACAUCAAUCGUCUGUUCGGGAGAUUGGGUCGUCGUACGAGGAGACGUCUGUUAAGGAGAUAUGCACUGUUGAAAAAGAUUAUCACCAGAGGUAUCAGGACUAUCCUUAAGCCCCGGAAGAAGAGACCAAAGUCGGGAAGAAGCAGAGUUGGAAGAAAAUCUAAGCGCUGUGCAGACCUUCUGAAAGCAAUGAAGCAUUGCCACUGCUGUCAUCGAUGCUGUUUCAACAAUCGCUGCUGCAAGAAAAAGCAUUCCUGUCCACCGGGAUAUUACCUGACCAAGAGCAGGGGAAAAAACCGCUGCGUAAAACGCUGCAAACGUCCUUACAAACGUUAUUUUUACAAAGGAAAGUGGUACUGUAGGCGACCCUGCCAACUUGGUUACAAGCGUUAUGGACCUAACUGCCGUCGAGUGAGCUGUCCAAGAGGCUACAAAAUCCAAAUUCGAAUGAAGAAAGUGUUCUGCGUCAAGAAACGUUGUCCUAAGGGCUUCUUCAGGGUCAAAGGCAAGGGAACAUGCAUCAAGAUAUCAUGCCCAAAAGGUUACAAGCGAGUCAAGAACAAAUGUGUGGCCAAGAAGUGCAAACUCGGAUACACGAAAUUGAUCACAAAGAAGGGACCCGUCUGCGUGAGGAAAGUAUGCGCUCGAGGUUACAAGUUGGACAAAAUGGGAAACUGCGCUUUCUAUAAAUGCCCACGAGGAUACUCAAGGAAGAAGGGCAGAAAGAACAGUUAUUGCAUUAAAAAGACGUGCAAGGUUGGAUAUCGGAAAUACACGACCAAACAGGGGAAGAUUCUCUGUGUGAAAAUAUCUUGUCCUGUCGGCCACAAGGUUGUCAAGGGACGAUGUAAAUUCGUAAAGUGCCCUCACGGAAAGACGCCACUGAGGGUUUGGAAGCGAGUGUACUGUGUAAAGAAAACAUGUCCGAAUGGUCGUCUGCUCAACAAACAAAACAAAUGCGUCAAAUGCCCCGUUGGAUAUUGGCCUGUUGCGAAGAGAGGCAAGAAGCGUUGUGCCUAUCGCGGAUGUCCACGCCUUUACUACAGAGUAGGAAAAGGAAACAAUAAACAGUGUAUUAAAAUGCCAAGAUGUUACUAUCCCUUCGUCAGAAAGAAAAUGAAAGGCAGAUGGCUGUGCGUCAAAUUCAGAUGUCCUCGAUUCUACAGCAUGAGGAAGAGUAGGAAGGGUAGACCUUACUGCGUCAGAGUCACGUGUCCGCUUGGCUAUCGCUUUAACUCCAAGAGGGGAUGCCUGUUCAGAAAAUGUCCAAAUCGAAUGGCAACCGUCAAAGUCGGAAAGCGAUAUCAUUGCGUAUCAAAAUGUGCUUGUGGAUAUCGCAGGAGGCCCAAUUCCAUGAAAUGUGUUUGGUACGGCUGUCCAAGAGGGUUUAAUAUGUUCAAGAAAAAGAAGACAAGAUACUGCGUGAAAGUCCAAUGUAGGAGAGGUUACAAGAGAGUCAAACGCAAAGGGAGUUACCUGUGUGUACAGAUUGUGUGCAGGUGGGGAUACCGUGUAAAAGGCAGCAAAUGUGUUCUCUACAAGUGCCGCAAAGGCUCCACUAUGAACAAGGACAGGAGGGGGCGGCUCUAUUGCAAGAAGAAGACCUGUCCCCGCGGGCAGAUGAAGGUUUCAGCACCUGAUGGCACCAUUUAUUGUGUACCAACUGGAUGCGGUCCCAAUGAAAAGAUGAUUGACGGAAAUUGCAUGGCUGUUGGAAAGAUGGACAUUGAAGAGCAAAAGGUAGCAAACAAUAAAAAGGCCUCACUGGAAACAAUCGGCGCCAAAACUGUGACCAAGAGCACCAUCAAAACAAAAGGCAAGAGUAUCACAAUCAUGACGAAGGCCAAGAUGAAAAUCGUCUGCCGGAAACUGAGACUCGAGAAGAUCGGCCGAUCCAUUAAUGGCAUCCAGAAAAGUAUGAGGAUCUUAAAGAAGGCAGUCACCAAUGCGGGACUCAGUGCUAGUGCAGGCGCUCUAAAGAAAUCCAUCCAAUCAUCUUACAGCAGCACGAAGGUCAAGGUCGAUAAGCUACUCAAGACCAAGAUCAAAUAUGUCGUAAAGGAAGGUCCCUACAGGAAGAUCAUCUCAACGAUUCGCAGGACCAGGAAGCGUGUUGUUUCCUGCAUAAGCAGCUUCAAAUCGACUAUUAGGACGGCGAAGAAAAAGAAGCUGAUAUCGACCAGCUCCUUUGUAGCCUGCAACAAGAGACUCGUACGUGCCAGGAUUAUUCUUGGAAAUAGCUUCAAGAAAAAGAUGUCCAAAGGCCACUAGGAUCUUACCAGAGAAAACGACCAACGGAAACUAUAAAAGGACUACGGCUACGGACGCUUGAUGCAUUACCGCAAGAAUCCAAAAUUAUCUCGUGGAAUUUCGACAAGACAUUUAGUGCGCGAUAUCUUUGAUGUUGUUAAUAUUGUCUUCCUGCAUACAGUUUUCUAUAUUACAAUAAUUCACAGGUAAAAUCAAAACAAACAAAUUGAUGAUGAAAUAAGCUAUAUGAUGUCACACAAUGAUAAAGAAAAUAUGGGGCAUUUUGUCGAAAGUUUGAAAUUCUCUCGUUCAUAUGAGCGCACAGAUUCUGGGACUCGCGCAAGGGUUUUAGGACCUCAUUAAAUUGGCUUAAUAGCGCUACUAAAUUAAUUAAAGUUUAAAUAAGGCUUGUAUUAUGUGACAAAGAUCAAGUGAAAAUCAGCCAGUAAGGGAACAAUACAUGGAAACAGGUUUAUAACUUGUAAAAGCCCCCUAUUAUCAGAAUGUGGAGCCUGUUGCUAGAAAACCUGCUGUAGCAUUGCUUCCGCAUUAUUAGUCUUUAUUAAUUCUCGACAUUUACUCAUGUAUAUAAAAACAGGCCACAAAAUACGAUGUGGAGUUAGACUUUAUACCACAUCACUGAAAGAAAGCAGUACAUGUAUAUGUAUGUUUGUAUCACACCACUUUACUGGAAAUUGCCUUUUAUUUGCCUUACAAUGAAAGGAACCUAGUGGCUGCCUCUCGCGAAAUCGAUAUGCUAGAGAAACCCUAUCCAGGUUCCCAGUGUUUUGUAUUACUUCAUUCGCCGUAAGACAAUAUUUGUAUAAGCACACGGGAAGUAGGGAUGUCGACGCCUUCGUUUCAAGAAGGAGAAAACUCAUUCUUUGUCACUUUGAGAGAUCAUUCGUUUGUGUCACGCAAAACAAUCACCGAUACAUAUGAUUUUAAUGGUUCAUUCGUCUCACGGCGUUCCUCAAAAAUGAUUUUAAGAAAUCAUGUGCGUAUUAUUAGUCAAUCAGGAGCCCUCUAUCAAGCUUGUAUGACGCAAGAAUUAGCAUCGGAGGCUUCUGAUUCGUCAAUAUGGACAGGAAGUCUAAGAUAUCGUGCUUGCGGAAUGACAUGAAUGCAACGAAACUAACCAAACAUGUACUUUCGUUUCGACGCUGUCCCGUUCUAAUCCGGUUGCUCUGAAACAAAGGCUGUUAUACGUAUAGAUUCGGGUCUAUUGCUUCCACAAUUCCAAAAACUAAUAUAGUAAUAAAGACUUUAUCAAUUCUUGGCAAUACAUAUAAGGGCAUAAUAGCCAGCCCAAUGGGAGUAGGUCCAUUGUUUUGCAGUGACCUGAAACAUUACAUUUCCAGUUAUACCAGGUAUAUGCCAGGAGUUGCCUCAAAAGCAAGUCGGUACUGGGUCUGACCAUCACAUUAUAAUACAAUGCAACUACUGUAACCUAAAACUAAAUAGCCAUAAGGGUUUCUGGUCGAAUUGGCCGAUAUGUUAUGUUUAACAAAUCUUAGUUAUUCAAUUAACUUGAAACUUUGAUUCUUGUGUGUGUGCAUCGAGCGAAGAAAUUUUAAUUUUAUUCAAAAUCUCUAUCGACCAAUUUUAACUAUCUUCGUUAUUUUCGAAACUGUCCUCGUAAUGCAAUGUAUGAAUGACCAGAUGACUGGACAGUCUGGUUAGGAUGAUGCGAGAACAACGAACAAAUAAACUUUAAGCAGCAAAUUA